AGACAUCCGCAUGUCUCCGGACACCUGAACAUUCAGGUCUUUCCGAGGAGCUUCCCAGUCGGGAUAAGAACACUGUCCCUAGAGCCCCGCAUAUCCACGCGGCCCUCCGGGUCUGGUCCCCUCCUUUUCCUCUAGGGGAGGAGGAUGGGUUUGCAAGCGCUCUCCCCGAGGAUGCUCCUGUGGUUGGUGGUCUCGGGUAUUGUUUUCUCCCGGGUGCUGUGGGUCUGCGCUGGCCUCGAUUAUGAUUACACUUUUGAUGGGAACGAAGAGGACAAAACGGAGCCUAUAGAUUACAAGGACCCGUGCAAAGCUGGCCGACCACUGCUCUAUGCAGUGUUGGGGCAAUGCCUGGGCAGCCUGAGCCCUUGAAGUUCAAGAAGGAACAUCUGGACUUCUCAUGAUGGGAGGUCAGAGGCAAUCUGUGUUUUGGGGUGACAUCGCCUUAGAUGAUGAAGACUUAAAUAUCUUCCAAAUAGACAGGACAAUUGACCUGACCCAGAGCCCCUUUGGAAAACUUGGACAUAUUACAGGUGGCUUUGGAGACCAUGGCAUGCCAAAGAAGCGAGGGGCACUCUACCAACUUAUAGAGAGGAUCAGAAGAAUUGGCUCUGGCUUGGAGCAAAAUAACACGAUGAAGGGAAAAGCACCUCCAAAAUUGUCAGAGCAAAGUGAGAAAAAUCGAGUUCCCAGAGCUGCUACCUCAAGAACGGAAAGGAUAUGGCCUGGGGGUGUCAUUCCUUAUGUCAUAGGAGGAAACUUUACUGGCAGCCAGAGAGCCAUGUUCAAGCAGGCCAUGAGACACUGGGAAAAGCACACCUGUGUGACGUUCACUGAGAGAAGUGAUGAAGAAAGUUAUAUUGUGUUCACCUACAGGCCUUGUGGAUGCUGCUCCUAUGUUGGUCGGCGGGGAAAUGGCCCUCAGGCCAUCUCUAUUGGCAAGAACUGUGACAAGUUUGGAAUUGUUGUUCAUGAACUGGGCCACGUGAUAGGCUUCUGGCAUGAACAUACCCGCCCAGACCGAGACAACCAUGUCACCAUCAUUAGAGAGAACAUCCAGCCAGGUCAAGAGUACAAUUUUCUAAAGAUGGAGCCUGGAGAAGUGAACUCUCUUGGGGAAAGAUAUGAUUUUGACAGUAUCAUGCACUACGCCAGGAACACCUUCUCAAGGUUGGAGUCUCAGAGGGAUGUUUUUAGACACAAUACUCCCCUCCCGUGAUGAUAAUGGCAUUCGUCCUGCAAUUGGUCAACGGACCCGGUUAAGCAAAGGAGACAUUGCACAAGCAAGAAAGCUGUAUCGAUGCCCAGCAUGUGGAGAAACCCUGCAAGAAUCCAGUGGCAACCUUUCUUCCCCAGGAUUCCCAAAUGGCUACCCUUCCUACACACACUGCAUCUGGAGAGUGUCUGUGACCCCGGGAGAAAAGAUUGUCUUGAAUUUUACCACAAUGGACCUUUACAAAAGUAGUUUGUGCUGGUAUGAUUACAUUGAAGUAAGAGAUGGUUACUGGAGGAAGUCACCUCUCCUUGGUAGAUUCUGUGGGGACAAAGUGGCUGGAGUUCUUACAUCUACGGACAGCAGAAUGUGGAUUGAGUUUCGUAGCAGCAGUAACUGGGUAGGAAAAGGGUUUGCAGCUGUCUAUGAAGCGAUUUGUGGAGGGGAGAUAAGGAAAAACGAAGGGCAGAUUCAGUCUCCCAAUUACCCCGAUGACUACCGACCAAUGAAGGAGUGUGUAUGGAAAAUAAUGGUGUCCGAGGGCUACCAUGUUGGACUGACCUUUCAGGCCUUUGAGAUCGAAAGACAUGACAGCUGUGCCUAUGACCACCUAGAAGUUCGAGAUGGAGCCAGUGAGAACAGCCCUUUGAUAGGACGGUUCUGUGGUUAUGACAAACCUGAAGAUAUAAGGUCUACUUCCAACACCCUGUGGAUGAAGUUUGUCUCUGACGGGACUGUGAACAAGGCAGGGUUUGCUGCGAACUUUUUUAAAGAGGAAGAUGAGUGUGCCAAACCUGACCGAGGAGGCUGUGAACAGAGGUGUCUUAACACACUAGGCAGCUACCAGUGUGCCUGUGAGCCUGGCUAUGAACUGGGGCCAGACAGAAGAAGCUGUGAAGCUGCUUGCGGAGGACUUCUGACGAAGCUCAAUGGCACCAUAACCACCCCCGGCUGGCCCAAAGAGUACCCUCCAAACAAAAACUGUGUGUGGCAAGUGAUCGCGCCAAGCCAGUACAGAAUCUCUGUGAAGUUUGAGUUUUUUGAAUUGGAAGGCAAUGAAGUUUGCAAAUACGAUUACGUGGAGAUCUGGAGCGGCCUUUCCUCUGAGUCUAAACUGCAUGGCAAGUUCUGUGGCGCUGACAUACCUGAAGUGAUGACUUCCCAUUUCAACAACAUGAGGAUUGAAUUCAAGUCAGACAACACUGUAUCCAAGAAGGGCUUCAAAGCACAUUUUUUCUCAGAUAAGGAUGAGUGUUCAAAGGAUAAUGGUGGCUGUCAGCAUGAGUGUGUCAACACGAUGGGAAGUUACACGUGUCAGUGCCGGAAUGGAUUCGUGUUGCAUGAGAACAAGCAUGAUUGCAAGGAAGCCGAGUGUGAACAGAAGAUACACAGCCCAAGUGGUCUCAUCACCAGUCCCAACUGGCCAGACAAGUAUCCAAGCAGGAAAGAGUGCACGUGGGUGAUCAGUGCCAUUCCUGGCCACCGCAUCACAUUAGCCUUCAAUGAGUUUGAGGUUGAACAACAUCAAGAAUGUGCUUAUGAUCACUUGGAAAUUUUUGAUGGAGAAACGGAGAAGUCACCAAUACUUGGCCGACUAUGUGGCAGCAAGAUACCAGAUCCCCUCAUGGCUACUGGGAAUGAAAUGUUUAUUCGGUUUAUUUCUGAUGCCUCUGUUCAAAGAAAAGGCUUUCAAGCUACACAUUCCACAGAGUGUGGUGGUCGAUUGAAAGCAGAGUCAAAGCCUAGAGACCUGUACUCCCAUGCUCAGUUUGGUGAUAAUAACUACCCAGGACAACUGGACUGUGAAUGGUUGUUGGUGUCAGAACGAGGAUCUCGACUUGAAUUGUCCUUCCAGACAUUCGAAGUAGAAGAAGAAGCUGACUGUGGCUAUGACUAUGUUGAAGUCUUUGAUGGUCUCAGUUCAAAAGCUGUGGGUCUUGGUAGAUUCUGUGGGUCAGGGCCACCAGAAGAAAUCUAUUCAAUUGGAGAUGUGGCUUUGAUUCAUUUCCACACAGAUGACACUAUCAACAAGAAAGGAUUUUAUAUAAGAUAUAAAAGUAUAAGAUACCCGGAAACGAUGCAUGCCAAGAACUAAUGCCGACCCUCCCUCAGAACAGAAAGGAAUGUGCAUAUGGAAAGAAGACAUUUUUAAAAUAGACAAUAUUAAUACAAUUGUUUUAUAUAAUGAAUUUGAGCAAAAGAAACCUGCAAGAUUAGAGUUAUCUCUGAAGUGAAAGAGAACUUUCCAGAAAACCUGAUUGGCAUUGCAAGGAUGUUUGAAAGUCAUGCUUGUUCAAGGAAGAUUAACAGCUUGAAAUAGAUGCUUCACAUUUUGGACAGUUCAUUUAAUGAGCUGUGAUUCUCUGGAGUGAUUUCUUGACUACUUUUCCAAGAUCUGGGGACGUAGAAAUGAUGGGACGGAUCAUAGCUUGGAAACCCACUUCUUGGGUCUUAGCAUGUUUGCUUAGACUCUGUAGGUCAGACACAGUGUAAACCAAAUUCAUGUAAGGUGAUGUGGAAUAGUGGUCUUUGGAAGGUGGUUCAUCAUUUAAAUGUAGGUUUGUGCUUGUGUGUAUGUUCACAUAUGCAAGUGUGUGUGUGUGUGUGUGUGUGUGUGUGUGUGUGUGUGCGUGUGUGUGUGUGUGCGUGUGUGUGUGUGUGCAUGUGUGUGCAUGUGUGUUUGGAAACUGGAAUAUUUCAUCUUCAUUAUUUUCAAAUGCAGGCCAGCUUAACCUGUUCACACAAAUGAUUUUGUGACCACUUCAUUGUAUCUGUAUCUUGAGAAGUUUGAAAUAUCUAUAGUGUCUACAAUGCAGUUAAUCCCUAGAUAUCAUAUUUAAUUACUGGAUAAUACCCAGUUCACUAGUAAACUCAUUUCUCUCUGGGGAAGUGCUGAAUAGUCACACCAAAUUCAAGAAACUCACCAUGUCUUAUAAACCUUUAAGAUAAAAUUCCAACGAGGUGUGUGCAGCCAUCUUCCAAAUGACUGCCUGGAUGUUUCUUAGUCCAGUUACUACUGCUGCUGCUAUUGGUCUUUCUUUUAUUGUUAAUGUGUUGAUAUGUUGUUAUUAUUAUGGUUAUUAUUAUUGAUGUUGUUACUAUAUUUAAAAAUGAUGAGAUGAAGUGGAAGUAGAGUUUGGGAGAAAUGAAAUCUCUCUUUUUUGUUCUCUUCUUGAAAUUCAGUUUCAAAAAAUACAAUAUUGGGUGGCAAAUGAUUUGUUUCUGACAUAUUUCCUAUGGUGCUAUUCCAUAAAUAUCAAAACAGCAGCAACAACAAGUUUCUAACCUUUGAACCAAAUGCCUGUGUACUAUGAAUGCCUCUUUCUAUGUGGCUCGCAAAGGAGACUUGAGACUUUUUAGAUAUUUCAAGAGUGUAUCAUGGCAAGGACAAAGCUGUCCUGUGGGGCAACUACUUCCAAUGCCUUAGAAUUCCUGCACAUAAUCAAAAAAUCUGCUUAAAGUCAAGUCUCUUGAGGUAUUGACCAUCAUGGCAUAUGUUAAUCAGGAACUCCAAGAAGAAAAUCCAUUUCCAUAACAGAUAUUGGAUAUACAGAUACAUGUGUACAUCCAAAUCUGCUUUUGUUGUAGAAAUGUAAUUUUAGAACAAACUUUUGCUUUAUAGCGCUGUGCGUUUUUAAUAUUAAUGUAUGUAUAUGUGAGACUCUGAGUGAGGGAGUGUGCUAGAAGGUAAAGAGCUAUAUAGGUGGUUGACAAAUUUAAUUCUGUGUGCCAAGUUGUGCUAGAACUGUGUAUGAAGUAGUGCCGUGCUAAAGUUUAAUGGACGUAUAAUGGAUAAUUCUAAUUACCAUCUAUCUUAUCAGAGAAAGGCUCUUUCCCUUAGACAACCUAUUUUGAAUUUUUAUGUUAAUGUGAGUCGCUGUGCAAAGGAGCCUCUUUUUCCCUCUUAAUUGUUCAUGAACACCGAUUGUCUGAAAAAUGAGGUAUAUUUCUUUAUUUUUACAAAAUUAAACUCUACAUCUAGAUAUAACAACUUUACUUUUCUCAUUCUUCCCUUGAACAAUCUCUCUCUACUUAAGAUGUGUGAAGUGUAAACACAGUUUUGGAACCAGUGUUUGGAUCUCACUGAAUGUGGCCUUCAAACUAUGUAACUGUUGCCUCUAUUGUAGACAAGCCACUCUGUGGAAAUUAUGUGUUUCAGUAACUUCUUCCAUAUUUUAUCACUCAUCUCCAGCUACCCAAGGUACACCCACACUGAAGGGAAGAAAAGAAAAAGGCAUCCACCCAGAAAGUGUCUUGCACUGUUUCAUGCCUGGUGUAGACAGGAGCAAGCUUCCAAACUCUGUGCGUGCUUCUUUUUUGGGAUGCUGAAAUAAACCAUGCAAUGAUAUGAGGCCUAGAGAUAUCAUGUUGCUUCCCAGGGCAACAGAUGAAGUUAGAUGUAGAAAUUCAGUCUGUGUGCUGUCAAAAUCUGUGCUUCUUUUGCAAAACACAAUAGAUUUCAUUCAUUGCAAGACACUUGAACAGCAGAUAUUUUUAGAGGGUGAAAAGUUUCUACACAAAGCAAAUUCCAGGUUUGAAUCACAGACAGUUAAUAGUUUAUGGGAAACAUUUUUCUUUCAGCAACUGCAUGGAAAUCAGAAGGUUACCUACACAUAGAUGUCCUUACACACCAAAAGUCUCACUAAAAAUGACAACAACCCUAUAGCUUUGUGUAAUGAGCAUUUUAUUAAAAUGAAUAUAUUAAAUUAUUUUCAGUGUCAUGAUAGGAAAAUGUAGCUGAUUUAGGAAAUAGCCCAAAUACCCUACUAGGAAACGUGAACUAAGCUCGAGAUAGCUAGGAAAUGAAAGAGAGUGGGUAAAAAUGUAUUGCCAUAACUUUGGGUUGUUGAUGAAGAUAAUUCAUUUUUAUUGUAACUUAUUUCAGAAAUUAGACAGUACCACAUAUGAUUUUUAAAACUACUCAGCAUUUUCCUUAAAUGUGUUGUGAAGUGAAAAUAGAGACACCAUCAUUAUUGUUUUUCCUCAUAAGUAUUAUUGUCCUAGGUAUGUUAUUAAAUUAAUUUAUAGUAUUUUAUACUUCUA